CAGCCCGAGUGCAAGAAACUACUACCAGCACCACUUAGCCUAGGUAGUGAACUCGAACUCGCCUUUUUGACAUCACUCGAGCUCGUCAACCCACCAAUAUGACAAGAACACGUUUCCAUGGCCUCAAGCGAGUGGUGAGUGCUCAAUUGUGUCUCUUGUGAUCGAAGCUGGAUUGAUUGCUGACUCUCCCCUCAGAAAUUUCGCAUGACAUGGAACAAAUACAAUCUCUACAAUCUCAGUCGACUAAAGGCACGUCCGAACAUAGGCACCCUCUUCCAGCAGAAAUGGGCGGCCAAAUCAGCAACUCGAGCAUACCACGGAGAGCAGAUUCGAGAAAAGCAAUGGCAAGGAAUGUUUGAUUCUCGGUUGAAUGCCGUAAUACCAAUGGACCACAGAUACUUGGCCCAAUACGAUGGCUCGGAACAAGCUGCUGGAAGAGGUUCUGGUGCGGAAAAGCGCCCUGGCGAUCCAUUGAGAGAACAUGAGAGGCCAGCACGACGAGUUCCAUACAUGUCAAUGACCUAUGCACCUAUCGAACGACGUCUGGACGUAGCCAUAUUCAGGGCGUUGUUUGCUAGCAGUGCACGACAGGCAAGGCAAUUUGUGACCCACGGUAGCGUGAAAGUCAAUGGGAAAAAGGUACGAGAUGCGCCACAAUAAUUCCAAGAUAUUGUGUGCUAAGUCAUUUGGUAGAUACAAUAUCCAGGAUAUCUCCUCAACCCUGGUGAUAUGUUCCAAGUUGAGCCAGAACGAGUCUUAUAUGCAACGGGUGCAGCCAAAUCACCCGAGCAAAUCAGAGAGGGUCGUGAGAUAAGGAAGGCGAGAAGGCUGAUACAUAUCAGACGGCAUGAGAGAAGGGCAACGGCUAGAGAGGAGGCCGUGAAGAGAGCGCUUGCCAAACGUGCUGCUCCUGGAGAAACAGUCCGUUCGAAAAAAUGUCGAGAUGUACCAAUGGACGAAAAGGAGGCGAGGAAGCAGCGAAAAGCUGAUCUCCAAGAACUGGUAAAGCAUGUACAGGCCAUCAUGGACAACAGAAAGCUCCCACCUUCAGCAAAACGCAAACAGGAACUGCGGCAGUUCCUUAAGGAUGUACGAAAAGCCAUGGCUCAGGUCAACCAGAAAACUGUAAAGGAUCUUCAGGAGAAUCUCUCAGAGCUUUUUGCUCGUCUUUCCAUCGCAAAUACAAAGACAAAAUCCGCCGAGAAGUCGGGCACUUCACUUACCGUCAUACCUUCAUCUGAUGCCCCAUCCGCUACACCCCCAAGCAGUGUAAGUGUUAAAACUCCGCAGCAACAGGCACAAAAACAAAUGCGAAAAAAACUGCUACGUGUGCGACAGAACCCAGUGGACGAAUCCAAACCAUAUGCCACACCUUGGGCUCCAAGACCAUAUAUGAGUGCUUUUGCAUUCAUUCCUCGAUACUUGGAAGUCAAUCACAGAAUUUGCUCUGCGGUAUAUUUGAGACAUCCUGUUGCAAGACCUGGUUUGUCGGAGGUACCUACGCCGUUCGCAUAUGAUACAAUGCAAUUAGCAUACACCUGGUAUCUGAGGCGGAGGUAAAAGAUCACCUGUAUAAUAGCAACUUGAUUGAAAUGUUGUAUGACAAUGUAUUAUAACGAGGUCGUGCCUGUGAAAUUGUG